AGCAGCUUGCCUAGCGUGCAAGAGGCUGUUUGUUCCAGUCCCCACCGCCGGUGGUGUCGGGCGCUUCCCAGACUGUGCCUAGGAAAUACAUAUAUCUAUAUUCAUAGCCAGCGAUAUCAGGCGGGCAGCAGCGCUAUAGGGAAGUGCUGGAAGGCCUCACCCUCUCACGUUGCGCGGGAGGAGGCCAGGGCAAAGCCCUCUUGCCUGCUCCCAGGGAGGGACAACCACAGGGCACCUCUCUGGCAGUGGCGGCCAGGAGUCGACAGCGACGGGAGGCCCCCAAUCUGAUGCAGCAGCAGCAGCCUCACCGCCGGGCCCUCCUCGCCGCGCCCUCUGGCCGGCCAGCGACCGGGGACUCCUCGUCGUGCUUGAAGGAGCGUCGACACACCCCGCUGGCUCCAGCGCCUCCUGCCCGGCGGGCGGGCGGGCGGGCGGGCUCCUCUCUGGCGCGCCCUCUGCAGCGGCGGCGGCGGCGGCUUCCCGGCCAGGAGGGCAAGGCGGGCGCGCAGGUGCUGCCCUCCUUGGUCGAGCUGCCGCCCUCCGAGUCCGCCCUCCUUUGGCCACCUCCCCCCGAGCCAGGCCGCGGCGGCGCUGCCUCCCUCCCCUCGCCCGCCAUGGCCGCCGCCGAAGCAGCUGCCGCUGCCCCGCUCCCGGUGACGGUCCGGCCGUGCAGAGCCGAGGACUGCGCGGAGAUCGCGCGCUUGAUUCGGGAACUGGCAGAGUUUGAGCAUCUAUCCGAGCAGGUAAAAAUCAGCGAACAAGAACUUUGUGAAGAUGGUUUUGGCCCGGACCCCUUCUAUAAAUGUGUGGUGGCCGAGGUGCCCCCCGAGUGCCGAAGUAAAGGUGGUCACACCAUCGUAGGCUUCGGCCUUUAUUUCUUCACUUACAGCACCUGGAAAGGCAGAAAUAUCUACAUGGAAGAUCUCUACAUCAUGCCAGAAUUUCGGGGUACAGAGUUCAGAUGGAGAAGGGAAGAAGGCAGCUUCUUCCAGAAAAGGGAUCGGGAAGAAACUGAUGGGCAGCAUUGCGGAGAUCGGCUUGGAGCAGGGCUGCACCCAGAUGAAGUUCGCGGUGCUGGACUGGAACCGCUCGGCCAUCGAUUUCUACCUCAGCAAAGGGGCCGUGGACCUGACAGCCACCGAGGGCUGGCACACCUUCCGCCUUGAGGCAGACGCCAUGCGGGGACUGGCGCUGGGGGAUCCGGGCCAGUGAGCCACACUGUGAUCAGGUGCGCGGACACCUGGGGCUGUGUGUGUGGUGGGGGGGCUAUGUCGAGGUGCCGGUGCUGUGUGCCCAGAGCGGGAUAUCCUCCCCCCUCCCCCUGGAGAGCCCAGGAGUCUUGAUGUCACGUCCCCCCCAGCACCCCCCCAGGCAGCCUAGGAAUCCUGCCCCCCCACAGCACCCCCUCCCCACAUGAGAGCCGGCACCAGCUGGCAGGAGGGUGAGGAAUUGAGGUGGGUGUGUGUGUGUGCUCUCUGUAGGGGUCCCUACUUCACCAAGGCCUUAUGGACUGGCAAUCGAGUAGAAAUAAAAACCGAUGGAAAUCGGCUACACCUUGUUUGCAGCCUUUUUCAUUCUCCCCGCAGCUCCUAAGAGCCACACAAGAGUCCUGCUGGAUCUGCCCACGAAGCCUGCCUCGCCCUGUACCCUGUUUUGGCCUGCCAGGUGUCCCGUUGGGAAAGGCAACUGGAAGGAAUAGCCCUCUCCCAUUGAAUGUUCCCGCAUCUAACAUCUACAGGUAUACUGCCCUGGACAUGGAGGUUCCGCAGCUCAUAGCUGUUGUUCGAUCUCUUCCUCCUCCCCCAUUAGAUUGUCUAAAAUUGGGCUUUGCUCCCAUGUGCAAAGAGCUUUUGAAUCCGGAAUUCAGGAGGAGCCUCUUCACAAUCCCAUUAAAUUGUGGCGAGUGGGUGCAGGACAGAAAAAAGAAAGGACUUCACAGCUCGCUUGCGGAACUCUGUUGUGAUGAAGUCCAUUAAGCCAGAUGGAUUAGGCACAUUCCCAGAGGCGGAAUGCAGCAAUGGAACCUCCCAUGUUCAAGGAUGAUAUGCCUUUGAAUACCAGAUGGUUUAUUCAUUUAUUUUUUGUAAGCCUGCCCCAAACGCACAUCUCUGAGUGGUUUGAAGUAAAAUAACCAACAUUAAAACAAUCAACAGAUUCUACAUAUCUAAUUAAAAGCCUCAAUGAAUAAA